AUGAUGCAAUCGUUGAUGGGCGGCUAUGCGGGGACGAGUAACGCUGCCCCCGCGACCGCACCACCCGGAGGCCAUUCAACCGCCGCGAGCGCGAUCGCCGAGGUGCCUCCGACAUGCACUCUUUACAAAAGCAGAUCACCACUGAAUCUGAGCGUUUGUACUCCCAUAGCAUCUGUCAACACCCUCAACAUUGACGCGUAUGCCGUUGCUACGCCAGCGGAUCCAAAAGGAGCGCGCUUCGUUGCAGACGUCCCUGUCCGCGAGGGGCAAGGAACAGGUCGAUGCUAUGAGAGAAGGACUGCACGGAUUGAAAGAGGUCGGUUCGGAUCUUGUUGUGAUUUAUGCUGGCAUGCGGGAGCGAGCAUUGCUCAUUCCGGGCUCGAGCUUCCCCCUUCCCCUCCACGUCUACCGUUUAUGUGGGAUGCGCAGGCCAAAGCUACAAUCGAAACCAUCAAGGAAGGAAUGAAGGACGUAGAACACAACAUGUCCGAUCCAAGAGGUCAAAUCCCAGGAUUCGGCAAGCUCGUUCAGGUGGGUGUCCCAGACCGGUUCUCCGUUCCCAGACGAGCCACGAGCUGAUGGAGACUUGUCCCUGGUCUCCAGCUCUCGGUCAUCCAUCGACGGUUCACUCAAGCGCUGGAAACCGCGACCGCACUGAGGUCCAUGUACACGCGCCUAUCCUACAUCUCGUCCCUACUCUCGACCGACCGAGCCGAUCCACUCGGACCGGCACCGAACCUGCUCCCCGUCCACUACCACUUGACCGAGCUCGAGACCUUCCGCAACGAGACCCUGACCCAAGCCAAACGAUCGCGGUGUCAACCCGAGACGAUGCGUACCCUCGAAGCCUACUUUGAGCGACUUUCAGAAACGAUCGAAGCCUUCGAAGCGCACUACUUUCGUAUCGCACGGGAACUGCUCGAACUUUCCCGACGCGGCCACGCCUCGGUCGCGGUCAAGGUCGCCAAGAUUGCUGAGGUCGAAGGUGCAAGGGACCAGAAAGCGAUCGCCAUCAGGAUGGUCAAGAAAGCGGGCACGCUCGAUGUCGCUUCGAGGUUCAAGAGUCUUCAAGCCGAUGCGCGCAUCAUCAAGCAUUAUCGGGCCAAGGUCAUGGAUGCGAUCAAGGAUGCGUGUCGGACUGAAAUUGAACGCAGUUAUGCGAGGCAUAACGAUAAUGGGAUGGCCUGGAUCGAUGGCCUGGAUUGGAUCUAUGACAGUCUGUUGACCGUGGAGAAGGAUUUGGUGCCAGGAUUCCCACCGGAUUGGAAGGUGAGCUUCACGAUAGGAGGCUUCAUCUGAACCCCUCGCACGGGCACUGAUGUUCAGCCAUUGCCAAGCUUGCAGAUAUUUUCGGUCUAGUAAGGACAUGCGUCUUGGGGGCCCUGUAGCAGCGGCUCUUGGACCAGAGCUGAUGUGUUUUCCUUUCCCAACCCCGACUGCAGCGUCAAAGGGUACCACAAGGCCUUGUACGACUUUUUGCAAACGUACGUCAAGGCCGGACCCGAUGCCGGCUCGCUGCUACGACUCUCGCAGUUCGUCAAAGAGUACCAAAAGACGAUGGUCACCGAGCUCGAUGUCCACGUCGAAUGGAUCACCCCACCUUUACUCGAUGGCCGCGAGGCGCAACUCAUCGAGGACUAUGCGUUGCUCGUCGUCAAGAAAAUGGACGAAUGGACCGCGAACCUGAUGAAGACCGAGGUCGACGAAUUCGUCAAGCGUGAACAACCUCCUGAAAUCGACCCCGACGGUCAAUACGGGAUGCAAGGUGCCGUCAUCCUUUUCCAGAUGCUAAAUCAACAGAUCGACCUCUCGCUCGAUUCGAAUCAGGGUUCGAUCCUCUUGCGCAUCGUACAAGAAGCAAGCCGAGUCAUGCGUGGCGUACAAAGGCAAUGGUUGACCUUGCUCGACCAAGAGUACAAACGUCAAGUCGAAGCCAAGAACCCGGACGAAGUGCCCGGCGGUUUGGUCGAAUACGUCAUGGCCUUGGCGAACGACCAGAUCCGUUCGGCCGAUUUCACCGAGGUGCUCAACAAUCGCCUUGAGCCGCUCGUGUCGAAAAAGUACAAGACCGCGAUCGCGGACAAGCUCAAUGACGCGAUGGACGGCUACCUCGAUGUCGCAAAGCGUUGCGUACAGGUCCUGAUUGAUGUCGUGUUCAACGAUCUCAAGCCGGCGACGAAGGCGUUGCUGACUCAAUCAUGGUACGACAAACCCUCUGCCGAUAGCCCCGCCGAUCCCGUAACCUUGAUCGUCGAGACCCUUCGGGACUACAUCGCCGAAGACUACCAAACCCACCUGAACCAUAACCUCUUUGAGCUACUGAUCGAAGACAUCAUCGACACGUACCUCAUCACCUACAUCGUCGCGAUCAAGAAGUGCUCCAAGCUACGCAUCCCGGCGGCGUUGGAUCGUAUUCGGGGGGACAUCACAAAGUCGAGGGAAUUCUUUGGCGCGUACAAGAGCAAGAAGGAGUUGGAUGAAUACUUUGAUGUCUUGGAGAGCAUCUUGACGUUGAUGAGUGCGAGUAAGAUGAUGGUUAUCCUUGAUGUGAGUUUGGAACCGUCUUAGCGCUUGCUGUUGGGUUCGGUGGGCUGAUCGUAGCUGUUUUCACCGCAUAGUACUCUGCGUUCAAGAAGCGGUACGGAGCCAACGUCGCGUUCGUCGAAGGCCUCCUCAAGGCUCGCGACGAUCUCGAUCGCUCCUCAACGAACGACAUCAUGGAAAGCGUCAAGCGAAAAGGUGCGCAUCGCCGACCAGCCCGGGCCGUCGUGCUGAUUAUCCUUACUGACGCACGGGCCCUCAUUGUCAUGCGCACAGCCGCCCAAGACACGGGUGGUGACCCCGAUCAACCUUCCAUAUUUUCUCGCUUGCCCGCCAAGUGA